AUGAAGAGACUAGCAGCUCGCCGCUAUGCUGGCUGGCUAAUUCUCUCCCCCACAGCUGCAGCCGAUCCCGAUAGUCCGCCUGCAGACCGCGCUCAGCCGGAGGCCGGACCGAACGGUUCCCUGGAGGAGAUGGAGGAGGACAUCAGUCUGAAGAAGCGUAAAAGCGAUCACCAUGCAGAGAAAGAACCGCAGGCCGGCCAGGAAACCGGAGAAAAGGUCAAAAGGAAGCGAGGACGCCCGCCCGCUGAGAAACUGCCUCCGAACCCACCGGAGCUCACCAGGAAGCUGAGCACCCUGGUAGACAUGGUCAUCAACUACAAGGACGGGUCGGGUCGACAGAUCAGCAAAGGCUUCGUGCAGCUUCCCUCCAAGAAGGAGGUGCCCGAGUACUACGAGCUGAUCCGGAAGCCGGUGGACUUCCGGAGGAUCAGGGAACGUGUGCGUAAUCACAAGUACAGAAGUGUGGUGGACUUGGAGAAGGACGUGUUCCUCCUGUGUCACAACGCUCAGACCUACAACCUGGAGGGGUCUCAGAUCUACGAGGAUUCGAUCGUCAUCAAGUCGGUUUUCGAGAGCGCGAGACAGCGGAUCGUCACCGACGAGGAGCGGAAAGAGGCGGUCGGCGCCGGCGGUCACAGCGACGACGGCACCGGAGCCGAAGACCAAUUUGUUCCAUCGGCAGUGAAACCAGCGCCGGUCCAGCUGAAGAAGGCCAACAAGGAGGGGCGGAGCAGAAACACCUCGGCCAGGAAGCUCCUCAGGUUGGACAGCGAUGAGGAUCGAGAGGACAACACCACGAAGGACGAAGGUUGA